ACACGACUAGCGAAGCGUGCCCUGUUUUACUUAUUUAACUGGAGAAUGGAAAUGUAUGCCUAGCUGGAAAUGCCUGGGGAAAUUUUACAUCAGACGAAAUGACAAUGAUUAAAAUCUGCUUUUUUCCUGCUCUAAAUAUAUUGAGCGACGUGACACUUGCUUGAUACUGAAUAGCACUUAACCGUUACCCCCUGCACAACAGAACGUUAAACCGUUACAGGGGCUGGUCUAUUUAUAUGUUUUACCGGAAAAUACGAAAAACCUAACAUUAAUUAUUAUAUCUGGUCAUAGACAUCAUUUUUGUAAAAGGGAGAGAGUAUCACUUUUUCGUUUUUAAAAUCUGACUGGGUGCGAGUAGAGAUAAUUGUAGCCUAAUUCUUGCCCCAGAGGCGUUUGGGCAGCCCGGAGCGAGAAUUCUUUUUUAGCGCUGCUCUGUUAUUUAGAGACAGGAUUAUUGGCUUUCUUCUCAUAACAGACCGGCAGUUUCAUUUAAGCAAAAAGACACUCAAAAAGCUAAAAUACGAAGCAGGAUUUGACCGACUCAAUUUUUAAGUAUAUACCAAUAAGAACCGAAAAGGGAAAGGAGAGAUCUCUUCUAUGUAUAAGUGUCGUUCCAAAGGAGCCGAUUCUACUUGAGGAAUGCUUGGGUCAGCUAUUGGAUGGCACUCUAGUUCUACGAAACUCGGGGCAUGUGAAAAAGGGGAACGCAGUCAUCAGCUGGGACUGAUAGAUACUGGAACGGAUUCCUUCGGACUCCUACGAUGUUUGAAACGCGACCCGCCAUUUUUGCAGACAUGAUGGAUAUAUAUUUUUUCAUGAAACCACAUCCUAAUGAAGGAAGAAGCAUGUCACGACUGUCUUUGACCCGGUCCCCGGUAUCUCCUAUGUCCACACAAGGAAUCCCUCUACCGGCUCAACUGACAAAGUCGAAUGCUCCGGUUCACAUUGACGUCGGGGGACACAUGUAUACUAGUAGCCUGGCUACUCUCACCAAAUACCCAGACUCAAGAAUCAGCCGUCUGUUUAAUGGCACAGAGCCCAUCGUGCUGGACAGCUUGAAGCAGCACUACUUCAUCGACAGGGAUGGAGAAAUAUUCCGUUACAUUCUCAGCUUCCUCAGGACCUGCAAACUGCUUCUCCCAGAUGACUUCAAGGAGUUCCACCUGCUGUACGAGGAGGCUCGGUACUACCAGCUGUCCCCCAUGAUUAAGGAGCUGGAACGUUGGAAGCAGGAGAGGGAGCAGCGCAGGACGGCCCAGCCCUGUGACUGCCUGGUGGUGCGGGUGACGCCUGACCUAGGUGAGAGGAUCGCCCUUAGCGGGGAGAAGGUGCUCAUCGAGGAGAUCUUCCCCGAGACUGGAGACGUCAUGUGCAACUCGGUGAACGCCGGCUGGAACCAGGACCCCACGCACGUCAUCCGCUUCCCCCUCAAUGGUUACUGCAGGCUCAACUCUGUCCAGGUUCUAGAGCGUCUGUUCCAGAAAGGUUUCAGUGUGGCAGCGUCCUGCGGCGGCGGGGUGGACUCCUCCCAGUUCAGCGAGUACGUGCUGUGCCGCGAGGACCGGCGGAGUAUGUCCAUGAACACCCCCAUCAGGAUAAAACAGGAGCCCCUGGACUAGAGAGACUUUAGGAGAGGAGAGGGUCUAGCCACGAGGGGCUCCUCACCCCCCUACUGGACAGAACAAACCCAAACCCUAAUAUCCCUCCACCUCACACCACAAAAACCAACCCAGCAAGAAACACCUAAGUAUUAGCAGACGCCUGAUAACGUUGCCAGCUCUGAGGAACUCAGUGCUCUAAGGGGAAUGUAGUAUAAACACAAAAAAAGGAAAGAAAGAAAACAAAAGGAUUUGAUUCUGUUUACUAAUAACACCCAAAGAAAUAUAGGACUAUGAUGAUGAACAGAAACACUGAAACAGCAGCUCCAUCUCUUGAACCAUUUAAGCACCCUGACCAAUCUCUUUUUCCUCCAGUUGUAAGGCUCUCUGACCCCUUGUGAAGAGGUGUCCUGACCUCAGUGAGGAGCACGGCCCCCUUGCCCUCAGUGCAGCGCAUGGCGGUGUGUCGUCCAGUCCCGUACGUGUCUGUGUGAGGCCCAUGUGUUGUGUGUGCCGUCCAGUGCAGCUGAGUGGGGACAAGACAGGUGCUAUUUAGGGAGGCCUGGCCUGACAAGGGACAGGGCUGGAUGAGAGGAAGAGGAGGAAGUGACAGCCAUCCAGCCCACAUUGCUCUUACAGCCAGCAACCAGGCCUCGCAACCAAGGGAGGUCCGAUUGAUUGUCUUUCUUAUUUUCAUUGUUGUUUAUAAAGUACAACUUUUUUCUCUGUUUUUUUUGCUGUUUUAUCACAACAUGGUGUAAACAAUUAUUAAUGGGAUUGUUUUAUGGGUUUUUUCCCUCCUAUAUGAAGGAUGUAUGAGCGUUGUAUAUAGAGUCAUUAGGUUUGAAAUCUUGAGAGACAGAGAGAGAGAGAGAGAGAGAGAGAGAGAGAGAGAGACAGAGAGAGAAAGAGAGACAGAGAGAGAGAGAGACACAGAGAGAGAGAGGGAGAGAGAGACAGAGACAGAGAGAGAGAGAGAGAGACAUAGAGAGAGAGAGAGAGAGAGAGAGAGAAAGAUAAAGAGAGACAGACAGACAGACAGACAGACAGACAGACAGACAGACAGACAGACAGACAGACAGACAGACAGACAGACAGACAGACAGAGAGAGAGAGAGAGAGAGAGAGAGAGAUAAAGAGACAGACAGACAGACAGACAGACAGACAGACAGACAGACCGACAGACAGAGAGAGAGAGAGAGAGAGACUUGGCAGUGGCUAUAGAAACACUAUUAUGUCUGGAGGCUACGUGGCUAAAGCAGCAGUCUGGCUGGUAAUGCAUUCAGAGCUGGAGAAGGUCUCAUUGUUUAAAUGGGGCUGCAAGGGAACCUGGCUAUUUCUACAUCGUUCAGAGGAAACAUUUGUAGCAUGCAUAAAAAGUGCAUUGUCACAAUUAGCUGUAAAACAUAUCUUACAUCAAAUAAGAUUAACAAUCUGAGAGUACAUAUAUUUAUUAAAAAGUUAAAAGUCAAAAUGUAAAAUGAUCUGCAAUGUGAAGUAAGAAAAUCGGAAUGAAAUUGUAUAUGAAGGCUCUGAAUGUGUUGCUGGUUGUGGAAUGCCAGAAUGUUCCUAACUUGAAAAGGAACAUGUGAACUGAGGUAGAUCAGUGUAUCUCCAUGAUUGUGAUGAGAUGUACUCUAAAUGCUUGAUAACUUUGUUUGCACUUAUAACACAUCAUCUACAAAACUUCCGCCACCCCAAAAUAACUUCUUAGUAUACGUCCUGAUGACCAGCGCCAAAUCAACCCACACAUUAUCUCAUUGUGUUUAUAGUAAUUAGCACAUAUUAAUAUGUUGAGAGAGCCCAAUGUAAGUAAUAGCAAACUUCAGUGAUAAAGCUAAGUUGCCUAUUUGAUGAUUGUACAAAGCUUAAAAUGCAUGUUUUCAUAAUUGUUUAUUUGACACAGAAAUCACUAUGAUUAUUCAAAACUGUUAUAUAGGAACAAACACAGUACAAAUAGUCUGACAAUUGAAAGAAUACUUUACGUUCAAUCAUGGAAGCCCCUGAUGUUUGUCUUGCAGACUGUCUGUCAUUUCAUUUCUAAGGCAGGAUUAUUUCAAUCACUCUUCACGUGUCUGCAGCAGCAUAACCUAAAAUGAACUGUAAGCUGAGCAUCAGAGCAUUGUUUACAGAGAAAAAGAGUGGGAGGCACUUACUCUAUCCUGCUGUGAUUCCAUGGUUUGAUUCUCUACAUUUGUGGAUCAAAGAGAGAAACAAGAAAGAAAGAGUAUAAAGUUGUCAUACUGUCUGUGUAACUGUGUUUCUUCCAUUCCAAAAUAAUUGAUCAAAAAGAGGCCCAUUCUGAUCUUGGUUCAGCACCGGCUUGUUAAUGAGUUUGUUUUGAAACCUCCUAUGGUGGGUGUUUCACUAAACAUUACAAAAAUCUUAAUUCAAAUGGGAUGGUACUCUAAUUUGUAAUGAAAGAACUCUCCUCUUGGUCCUAGUGUUCAGUGUCCUCUCUGUGGAUGUCCACUGAUUAAACAAGCCCCAGGACUUCUUCAGUCUUCAGUUCUUAAAGAUGGCCAGGGUUAGUUAGUUAGUUUAGCUUCAAGAAGUCCAGAAGGCAGCACAGACCUCCUGGGGGGCCUCCCUCCCAAUCAGGCUCCUCUUUGUUCUGACCUGCUACUGGCCUGGGCCCUUGCAUCCAGUCGCCUCAAAGGGAAUGGCCAACCAGGCCUUUCAUAUUGCUGAGGGAUGUGGGGCUUCAGAGCCCAGUGGGUCUCCCGGGCUCCCAUGCACUCCCAGCUCCUCAGCAAUGCCAGUAGAGACAAGGGUUGUGCCCCCCACUGCGUCAUCACAUUCCCUUCUGUACAGAGCACCCUCCUAACAUUACCACCAUGGCUCACUGGACUGCACCACACCGCACCAGACCAAACAAACAUUCCCUCCCUACUUCAUGUCCUCUGGUAUCUCUAGAUUCGACUUUAACAUCUGAAGGUAACCGGCUCAGUUCUCAAUGGUUCUGAAUAGUUACAGUAUGUGGCAGCAUUUAGCUCACCUUCAUCAGUUCACUUCCUUGUUGACACACGAGUAAAGCAACUCAACAAUACCUCUUACAGGUGGCAGGUUCUCACAGAUACCUCAUACAUUACUGGGCCAUUUCCUCUAACAUAUUGUAUGUUUUCACACAUACACUCAGAAAAAAAGACUGCUAUGCAGCACCAUUUGUCCCUGUAGGAGAACCCCCUGAAAGUUGGCUCCAGAUAGAACCGUUUUGGGUUCCAAAUUGAACCUGUGUUCCAAAAGGAACCUGUUAAAGUGUGCUAUUUUGAACCAGAAAUAGCUCUCUGAUCUUAAAGGGUUCUAUCUGGAACCUUUUUUUCAGAGGGUUCCCCUACAGGGACACAUGGUGCCACAUAGCACUCUUUUUUUCUGAGAGUGUACCAUUUUCUUUUAGUAAUUUGUGGUCAGUAAGUUGGUAGACCAUAAUUAACAAGGAGUCCUACCACUUCUCUGUGUGGUGUGAAGUCCAGAGACCGGAGGGCAGUUGUACAGUUGUUUGUAUAUUAAAUUGUUAUCAGGACUCUUUUACUGAGCCCUCGACCGUCUUAUUAAAAAAGAGACCUCUAAGUCCUCUCCUUUACUACGAAACAAAAAUAAUGAAAAUAAUUUCCAAUUUGCAAGCAUUAUGUUGUGUACAUAUGGAUUAAACACAUUUCAAAAGGGUAUACUUAAGGUACAAAAUGUAUAUUAUUUAAAAUGUUUUAAUAAUUAGACUGUGGUAUUAAAGGGCAUGUGUUCACUUA